AUGUGUUCGAAGUUGACAUGCGGUAUUAUAACCGCUGUUGUAGGUCUAAUAUUAGUUGUAGUGACUUGUAUUAUAAGCUUUGUUCUGGUGCCAAAUCUCGUUGAAAGUAUUAUCCUCGACGAAGUGGCUUUGGCGAACGACACAGAAGCCAUGCAGAGAUUUCAAGAGAUACCAUUUCCACUUCAUUUCAAAGUCAGAGUCUUCAACAUAACUAAUCCGGUCGAAGUUCGUGCUGGGGCAGUCCCAGAUGUCACGGAGAUGGGACCCUAUGUUUAUAAGCUUUUUAAUACGAGGGAAAUUGAAAAUUUCGACGGCGAUAUUGUGAAAUAUCGAAUUAGGAACGUUUUUGAAUUUGACGCUAACGCCUCUUACCCCUACACCGAAGAUGAUAUGGUUACAGUUGUGAAUGUCCCUUACCACGGAAUUCUCCAAAUGGCUGAAAAACUAUUCCCGUUCCUAAUGGGUGCUUUGAGCUUGGGAAUGAGUGGAGUUUUUGGGGCAAAUAAUGACCCCAUCAUGACAGUUAGAGUUGGCGACUUCUUGUUCGACGGAAUCCCCAUUUGUAAGGACGCAGGUCUUCUAGGAGGGAUCGCAUGUACCCAGAUUCGAUCAAUUGGUGCGAACGUUAAGAAUUUAGUGGAAUUAGAAGACGGUUCACUUGUAUUCACCAUUCUGAACUAUAAAAACAACACUCCCACCGAGUUGUACGAAGUACAUAGGGGAAUAGAAGAUCACACUAAGCUUGGUCUGAUCAAUUUAUUUAACGGAUCCACUUUUAUAGACAACUGGGUGCACCAAGAGAAUGACAACGGUACCUGGCCAGGGAUAUGUAAUAUGGUGAAUGGAACUGAUUCGGCCAUUUACGCCCCAUUUGUUAAUCGAGAUGAGUCGGUAUUUGCGCUGAAUUUAGAUAUUUGUCGGUCGGUGCAACUAAAGUACCAAUAUGACACGGAGUACGAUGGAAUACCAGUUGCUCGGUUCGCGGUAAACGAAUGGUUUCUGGACAAUCACGAGGGUUGCUUCUGCCUCAACGUAACGGGAGGAAUUACACAGGAGAAUGGGUGCUUAUACCCAGGCGCUAUGGAACUGUAUAGUUGUGUUGAUGAACCCAUUUGUCACUGCUCUAAAAUGCAAGGCAGUUUACUCUUGCAGUUAAGUAUACCGUUAACAUACGGGCCGGUCAUGGAUUGGUGGAGGGCGCGCGGCGGGAGGUCACUAGUAAAAAAGCGCGCACACGCUUUUGAUGCGCAAACGCAAAUUGAAAUGUUUGGAGUCGCGUUGUUGACUAGCGCGCUCUUUGCGUUAGCCGGUGCACGUAUUUACGAGCGCUGCGAGCUAGCACGCGACUUACAUCGCCUCGGUGUUCGAAAGGAUAACAUAGCGACGUGGGUGUGCAUCGCUUUCCACGAAUCGCGUUUCGAUACGGCAGCACGCAACCCCAAUAGUGGUGACCAUGGAUUGCUACAGAUCAGUGAACUAUAUUGGUGCGGACCGGGUAAGGCAUGUGGUGCCCCGUGCUCCGCGUUCAGGGAUGACGAUAUCGCAGACGACGUAGAGUGCGCCCUGCAAAUCCAUGAGGAACACACGAGACUGCAAGGCGAUGGUUUCCUAGCCUGGGUUGUUUACCCUCACUAUUGCAAACAUAAUGCGAAAAAAUAUCUUGCUGACUGCGAUGGUUCGUUUAAGGAAACUCCUUAUAAAUUAGAAGACCGCGGACGUACUUUUAAAUGGCAAAAUGCAGCUCUUAAUAAUAAUGCAGCUGUUCCACUUUAUAAGAAAUAUCCCAAUAUUGACGAUCUGAAACCUCCAAGUGUUCCCAUUAAUGUCCUUUUACGGGGAAUAUACGAUGCGAAUGUUGAAGAUCAUGUUAAACAGGUUACUGUAGACGUAAUAGAUACAAAUGUCAACAAAAAGCAUCCAUUUGAAUGGUUAAACACGAAAUUACUAAAGACAGACAUUGUUGAUUUAACACACUUUAAAAUAAAUAAUAUAGAUGAUCUUAAACCUCCCGUUGUUGGUAAUGGAAAUCCGAUCGAAUACUCAACACCUACAACAACUACAACCAUUCGUACAACAACUGUAGAUCCAGAAUUAAUAGGAAUUAAGCCGCCGAAUCCGAGAAGAAUUGAAACUAACCAAUUUCGGCGAAGAAUGAUGUCUUUCAAAAAUAACUAUGUUGAAAAUAAUGAUAAGAAAAAUGAUAUAAACGAAUCUGGAGAACCCAAUAAAACUACUACUAUAGAUAAAUCGUCAACGACUAUAUUCACUAACAUCACAAAGCCUGAAAUGAUACCUGUGUUUUCUUUUAAAAUAAGAGAGACAGGAUCGCAGGAAAAAAUAAAGAAUAUUAAGGAUGAAACUAGUUCUUCCCCUAACACUAAUUUUACAUCUGAAACACCAUAUUUAACAUCAAAGAGAUACUACGCACAAAAUAAUAUUUCAACGACUCCUUCACCCGUUAACGACUUAUUACACGAGCAAAAGUUAAAAAGCCAAGAAGAAGGCUCUACAGCAAAACCGCAAUCCUCAGGUCCACAAAAGGUUGGCAGAAAGAUGAAGUUCGAUAUUGACUCAAAUAAAUCUGACGUUAGCACAACAAAGGCACAGAUUAUGUCAACUACUGUGUCGCCUACGCGUACAACGUUUUUAAACAGAAGGAGGUUUUCAUAUACGCCGCAAUACAUGGAGUCCACGACCAACCGUUCAACCGUAACUAGGUCUUGGAAUCAACAAACGAGAUUGACUUCUCCACUUCCUAAAACUGAGGGCACUACAACGAGACCUAGAAUGUCUUCACCAACACAAAGAAACUCAUUUAGUGCCCAAACUCCAGCUACAACGGAGAAAAGUGGAAUUAAAACUUCAACGCAAUCAAUAUUCGACCUUUACUUGAAUCCAACAAAACGGCCAAAUAUAGUAUUUCAUUUUCCCGAAUUCAAGGAGAGUCCAUAUAAAAUAAGAAUCUUCGCCGGUGGGACUACCACACAUGCACCGCUAUUGACAAACUCUAGAAGCUCCGAUCUUCCCAAAAAGUCAAAUCAAACGUCAAGUUAA